UGUGCUGAACACUCAGCAGCUACCCCCUCACCCCCAACCCCAGGAGCCAGGGCCACUUUGCUGCUUUCUCUCCAGAAAAGAAACCUCCCCCAUGACUCAGCCCAGCCCCAAAGUUACCAUUUGUUUAAUCAAGAUAGUUGGUUUGCAAAACAUUAAACAUUAAACAGUAUUUGAUGCCUAGUUAAUAAUUUGCAUCCUCUUCAUUUGUUCCUGAAUCCUUGGAGACUGACACUUUCCCCCCCAAAGGAAUAGACAACAAAAGAAAUUGUUUUUAGAGCAAAACAAGAGUUCUUAAACUACAAAGAUGUUUGCCAGAAUGUCUGAUCUCCAUGUUCUGCUGUUAAUGUUUCUGGCGGGAAAGACAGCCUUCGGGUUCUCCCUCCUGUCUUUACUCACCGACCUGGACCCAGAUUGGACUCUCGACCACUAUGAGUACAGCCAAGAGUCUUAUGACCAGGAGGAGAACGCCAGCAGUGCUCUCGUCCAUCCCGAGAACCCUGACUGGUACUAUGCAGAGGACGAUCCAUGUCUGUCCAACCCCUGUGCGCAUGGUGGGGACUGCCUCAUCAGCGGGGCCACAUUCACCUGCAGCUGUCCAGCCCCUUUCUCUGGAAACAGGUGUCAGAAUGUGCAAAACAAAUGCAAGAACAAGCCAUGUGGCCGAGGAGACUGUCUCAUUACUCAGAGAUCUCCUUACUACCGCUGUGCCUGUAAGCACCCUUACAGGGGUGCAGACUGCUCCAGAGUGGUUCCUGCAUGCAGGCCAAAUCCCUGCCAAAAUGGCGGCACCUGCUCCCGGCAUAGGCGGAGAUCCAAGUUCACCUGUACCUGUCCUGACCAGUUCAAGGGGAAACUCUGUGAAAUAGGUUCUGAUGACUGCUAUGUUGGUGAUGGCUACUCUUACCGAGGGAAAGUGAGUAAGACAGUCAACCAGCACUCAUGCCUUUACUGGAACUCCCACCUCCUCUUGAAGGAGAAUUACAACAUGUUUAUGGAGGAUGCUGAGGACCAUGGGAUUGGAGAGCACAACUUCUGCAGGAACCCAGAUGGAGACAAAAAGCCCUGGUGUUUCUUUAAAGUAAACAAGGCAAAGGUGAAAUGGGAGUACUGUGAUGUCCCCGCCUGCUCAGCCCUAGAUGUUGCCAACCAAGAGGGAAGCCUCACAGAGCCCCCAGCCAAACUUCCCGAGUUUGACUCAUGCGGGAGGACUGAGAUAGCAGAGAGGAAGGUCAAGAGGAUCUACGGUGGCUUUAAGAGCACAGCUGGCAAGCACCCAUGGCAGGCGUCGCUGCAGACCUCGUUGCGACUGACCGUCUCCAUGCCCCAGGGCCAUUUCUGUGGGGGGGCACUGAUCCACCCCUGCUGGGUGCUGACUGCCGCCCACUGCACCGACUUAAAAGCCAAAUAUCUAACAGUGGUGCUAGGGGACCAGGACCUGAAGAAGACAGAAUUCCACGAGCAGAACUUUGGGGUGGAGAAGAUAUUCAAGUACAGCCACUAUGAAGAAAGAGACGACAUUCCCUACAACGACAUUGCUUUGCUCAAGCUAAAGCCAGUGGAUGGCCACUGUGCCCUGGAAUCCAAGUAUGUGAAAACUGUAUGUUUGCCUCACGGUUCCUUUCCCUCUGGGACUGAGUGUCACAUCUCCGGCUGGGGUGUUACAGAAACAGGAGAAGGGUCCCACCAGCUCCUGGAUGCCAAAGUCAAGCUGAUCAGCAACACUGUGUGCAACUCCCGCCAACUGUAUGACCACAUGAUCGAUGAAAGUAUGAUUUGUGCAGGAAACCUCCAGAAGCCUGGGCAAGACUCCUGCCAGGGUGACUCUGGAGGCCCUCUGACCUGUGAGAAGGACGGUACCUACUACGUCUAUGGGAUCGUGAGCUGGGGCCUGGAGUGUGGGAAGAAGCCAGGAGUCUACACCCAAGUGACCAAAUUCCUGACUUGGAUCAAAGCCACCAUGGAAAGGGAGGAUAGCUUUUGAGGUGUCUUUCAAAGCUCACAGCCCAUCCUCCUUAACACCCAGCCAUGGCGAGGCCUCACGGGCAGCCGUGGACAGCCCCUGAAGCCUCCGAGCGUCCAGGCUCUAAAGCAGAGACCACUGCUGCCCAGCCUGGGGUGCCCUGGACCAGCAUGGCCGCCACUUCCUCAGGCUCCCUCCUGGGAACCCCAGAAAUGAGAGAAUCACCCUGAAGUAUAUGAUGUUUGCUUCCCUUCCAACAAUUGUAGUUUCUAGAAAAUCAGUGUUCAUCGACUGCCUUCACCUCGGACGUUUGCCAAUGUGAGAUUUCAGACGGCUUAGCGUCAGUGGGGGUCACCUUCACAUCUU